GUUAGCACUGUAUGUCUAUGAAUACUUAUUACAUGUUGGAGCCCAGAAAGCAGCACAGACAUUCCUUUCAGAAAUACGAUGGGAAAAAAACAUAACAUUAGGAGAGCCUCCAGGGUUUCUGCACUCAUGGUGGUGCGUAUUUUGGGACCUUUAUUGUGCCGCACCAGAAAGGAGGGAUACGUGCGAGCACUCUAGUGAAGCAAAAGCAUUUCACGAUUAUGGUUUUGUCAAUUCUGGGUAUGCAGUUAAUGGAAUUGCACACAAUCCCACGGCGCCGAGUCCGCUUGGCCAAAUACCGCCAAAUGAUGGCAUGCCUGGAGGACCUAUGGCUCCAGCAGGCUUUUUUCCUAACUCUCACAUGAGGCCCUCGCCACCACAGCAGCCAGUGUCGCAGCCGUCCCCUCACCCGCAGCCCCCACCCCCUCACAGUCAGAUGCUCCAGAAUCAGCCAUUCAUGUCACCUAGGUAUCCAGGAGGACCAAGGCCUGGAGUGCGUAUGCCCCAACAAGUAGAAUUCAAUCCCCCAGGUGGCGUUCCGGGUCAACCCAUGAUUCCCAAUAAUAUGGACCCAACCAGGCAAGGAGACGGCGGGGAAUUCGUCGGCUGGCAAGGUCCACCUGGGAUGAGUCCAAUGAAUCCCCGGAUGAACGCUCCCAGAGGACAGCCCCUGCCAAUGAAUCCUGGGAAUUAUGGAGGGAUGAGGCCUCCACCCAAUAGUACUAUGGGCCCUGGAGGACCUUCCAUGCCACCUAUGUCCAUGCCUGGCGGUCCUGGUGGUCGGGCGUGGCAACCUAAUACGUCAACAAUGAACUAUUCCUCUGCAUCACCUGGAAGUCAUUAUGGCGGCCCUCCAGUAUCAAGCACAGGGCCUCCAGGUCCAGGAACUCCCAUAAUGCCCAGUCCACAAGAUUCUACAAGUUCCGGUGGAGAAAGCAUGUAUGCAAUGAUGAAGCCAGUUCCUGGUGGAAGCAUACCUGGGUUCCCCAUGGGACCAGGACCUGAAGGGCCAAUGGGAUCUAUGGGACCAGAAAUGGGACCACCAGUCAUGAAUGGAAUGUCAUCUGCAGGUGAUACAUUGGAUGGCAUGAAAAAUUCCCCCGCCAAUGGUCCUGGCACGCCCAGGGAGGAAGGACCUUCGAUAGGUGAUUACGGAAUACCUGGCUAUGGGCAAGAAAAUGACCAAAACGAAUCUGCGGCAAUACUGAAAAUAAAAGAAAGUAUGCAGGAAGAAGCGAAAAGGUUUGAAAAGGACACUCCGGCUGAACAUCCUGAUUAUUUCAUGCAAUAAUUUGUGCUUUGUGCAAAAUACAUCAAAACAUGUAAAACUACUGUCAAAAGCAAAAACUGUACCAUAACAAGGCCCCAAAAGUGAGAGCAUUUUCUUCCAAUGUGUUCUUACAGAUUAUCAAGACUAAAUAAAUUAUAUACUAUAUAAAAAAUAAUGCUAUAGUGUGAAAAAAAAUGAACAAGGCCACCUGUUUUGCAUAUUUCCACAUCCCAUUGUAUAGAUAAGUUUUGCUUUCAUCAUCUGCACCUUGCCCAGUCAUUUAGUGUGAGCUCAUUUGAAGCUGAAAUUUAAGAAAAAGCAUCACGAAAUUUAAAUACUCAUUUGACACCACAGGAUAUAAUAUCUUUAUAGAGAAUGUAAUAUAAACACAAUUGUAAUAUUAAACAACAAGAGUGAAUAUAUAUGUAUUUUUAUUGCUGAUCAGAGUCAUCUGAAACUAAGUACAAGACUGAUUGUAUAGUACCUUCAUCAAACGAACAUUUUUCCGGAUCUGGUGGUCCUGUGAAUGUGGGGCAUAUCUGUACAGCGAUGCGAAUUUAAAUGCUAUGCAAGACCAAAGUGUCAUUCUCCUUCAACGAGAAAAACUUAAAAGGCUGUGUGUUUUUACAGACAUUUUACAAGACUGUUACUAAAUACAGUGUUUGUUACCUGGGGAACAAGUUUUUGUGUAAAAUAUAAACAUUGGUGAGCCACUCUUUUUUUUUUUUUCAUGUGUAAUGUCACCACUCUCAGUAUUGUUAUCUAUUGGUCAUAUCAACACUACAACUUUCAUUCUAGUUGAACAGAAAACAAAAAAGGCAUUUAUCGAAUGUUCGACCACAAAGACCAAAAAUCAACUAUUGAACAAAUGAAAUUAUAUUGUGAAAAUUUUACAGCUUGUAUUUUGUGAUUUUAUCCUUACAUUCAAUUUUAAUUUUUAAAAAUGUUUUGUUUUUCCACCUUUUCUUACUUCUCAAAAUAUUUCCCUCCUUUUUGCAGGAAUAUUUUAACAUUUUAGAAUUACAAUUUGUCUAUUCCAUUGCUUUUUUUUUUUUUUUUUGUACAAGUGUUAUUUCAUAUGUGAUUUACGGAGAGUUAGACUAAUGGCAUAUUCAAACAGAGAGAAACAUCUAUAUCCCCCUCUACACCCCAAAUGCCCUAUAAAAAGAGCAAGAAAAUGCAGUUUCCUUUAAACACUUAAUAAUUUCAAAGUUGAUGAGCAAUUGAACCUUUUUAUACUAAUAACGUGUUUAGUACAGUCUGAAACAGUCUAGUUUAGUCUGUCCUCAAUCCAGAAAAAAAAGUUCAUUACACAUAAAACUGGUAAUGAAAGUUACUUAAAAUGUGGUUUCAAUGCAAUUUUGAACAAUUUUGUCAUUUACCAUUUACCACAUAAAAGACACAAUUGUUCUAAGUAAAAACCAACCAACGUACUUGCUUUGUAAAAAAACAAGGAAGUUCUUGAAAUAGAGUUCCUGCCAUUCAUGUGAUAAACAAUAAACACAACAUGCAUUUUUAACGAAAGAAAAAUGCAAAAUAAUUAUGAUUGGAUGGAGUUAGAAUUUUUUUAAAUUUCCCUCCAUAGAAUGAAUUAAUUUUAGUUAUUUAUACUUUUUUCAAAGAAAAAUAUUUUAAAAAAAUCUGAUCAUUGCUGAAAUUUUAUUAAAUACAGAAAUUUACAUAGUACAAUUUUUGCUUUAACCUAGAGGUCAGACUGUGCUUAUGUGAUAUGAAUGACUAUGUACAAAUGUAGUAAGUGACUUUUUUUCUUUUUUACUGAAAUUAGGUUAGUGAAUUUGAGGGUUUCAUGCUAACCAUUUGAAAUUUAUUGCUAUUGUUAACUUCUUUUGAAGUUUGAAUACAAUAGUAAAAUUUCAGAAUUGUGUAUUUAUAUCUUUAUGCAACAUUAAACUUAAAAAAGCUCUGCUAAAACAUUGACAAAAGUCACCACCUUCCCAGUAUAAAUUUUUUGGAUAUGCCAUUGAAUCUGACUCGACUGUUUGGCAAUUUCACAGUAUUAGAUGUAUCAUGGUUACACAAAACACUCUACAAAGACUCCAAAUAAUGUUGCAUUCUUUUUUUAUUGCAUGAAAUUUACUAGGAACUUUUAUAUAAUUCAAUUAAGUUUUGAAUAUUUCCACAAACAACAGUUAACUAAUUUCUUUUGCUCAAUUACUGAUGUACCUCAUAAGAUGCAUCUGUUACUAAGCCAAAGAAUAUUAUUUUAAUUAAGCAGUAAGUUACCACCUUUAAGACAGGGCUAAAACUUAUUGACAAGUUGAACUACGCCAAUUAUGCAGACUUUUGGUGGUGUGCGAAAUUUGUUUUCAAUUCAUUGGCCCUCUUGGCUUCAGUGAGAGGACAUCUGCCUCCAGCUCAGUUAUGGUAUAUUCCAGACUAAAGAACCCCUAACAAGGACAAAACUACUGUAUCUGAAUGGCAUAACCAGGCUGUCUGCAUAUUGCAUGUAUUAUUUAAAUGUUUCUGGGUACCUUCAAAAUUUAAUAACAUUACUAGCUGCGUCGCCCGGCUUUGCAUGGUCUACCUUGAAAGUUAAAGUUAUGACAAGUGACGCACACAUAGUUCAACAAUUACGCUUAAACGAAAAAAAAUCAGUAAAAUUUUGCGGCAGAUUCCGGAAAUAUAACCAAAAA